AUGCAGCAGCACAGCCCCAGCGCCACCUGUCGCUUCUUCCAGUCGUCGCGCGGCUGUUUCCGCGGCGCUUCGUGCGCGUUCCGUCACGACCCCAACUGUCCCAUUGCCGCAGCGCCCGACGCGCGCGCCGCCCGCAGCAGUUGCCACCACAGUACCACUUUUAAUCCAACAACUACUACAACAACUGCUCCUCCUACUACCGACAGCAGUGCCGCCCACGAGCGCGUCUCGUCUCCGCUCGACGCGCGCACCUGUCGCUUCUUUGCGUCGGCCAUUGGCUGUCGCAACGGCGUCGCGUGUCCGUUCGCGCACAGCGCUGUGGCGGUCGCUGGCGCUCCAUUGAGUCGUGACGAAAGGCCGUCCGUCGCGCACGAGCGCGUGCAGCAGCCGCCGCUGCCUCCGGGAUACGGACCUGUGGUUUUUGACGCGGGCGCAGGUGGACGGACCGUCUGUUACGACCGUCCGCCGCGCCGUCACCCGCAGUACGAGCAGUUUCAGCACGUGGAGCUCCUGGAGACGGCGACGGGCGACGAGCCAUUGAGCUCUUGUGGUACGAGGGGCUCGAGGUAUGGACAGCAGAUGGGACACCAGCGACGAGACGAGGCAACGACCAGCGAGUCGCGGUGCGAGAUUCUCCCAGUGCUGACGAGGGACAUUCAAGGACCGUUCUUUGCGAUUGACGUCGAGUGUGUGGCCACUGGCAGUGGCAACGACGACCGAGAUGUUGCGCGAAUUGCUGUGGUGGACGAGGAUGAACAGGUGGUGUUUGACCAGUAUGUCAAGCCUACAAAGCCGAUUGUAAGCUACCUCACGCAGCUUACGGGUAUCACCGAGAGCAACUUGGCAGAUGCUCCUGACUUGGAAGAGGCGCUUGCCCGGCUGAAGACAAUCUUGCCGGUAGAAAGUAUCAUCGUGGGCCAGUCGAUCAAGAAGGAUCUGGAAUGGCUCAUGUUGCAGAAGCCUGAGGACUACAAGGGCGAAUUCGAUGUCGCAGAUCUGUUUCGAUUGCCGAUGCAAAUGACAAAUGGCGUAGUGCGCUAUCGCUACUUUUCCCUACGACAUGUAGCCAAGUACUUGCUUGGACACGAAAUCCAAGAGGCGGAUCAUGACCCAGUCAUUGACGCUCGUUACGCCAUGAAAGUGUUCAAGAAGUUUCGUUACUUACAUGAGAGUCCAGGUCAGCGGGAUGCAGUCUUGCAAACACUACUGAAGACGCCGCGCACACCAUCAUUUGCAGAACGGUAUCCAGUAAUUGAUGGUGUCUCGAUGCGUGCAACGUGGAAGCGAGGCCCGUCAUUGCUGAUUCGAAACGCCAACGGAAUUGCUGCUGGACAUACACAGCAAGCUAGCAAUGGAAGUUACAGUCCUCAAUAUCAGCAGAAACAUGAGCAGAGGCCGCUGUAUUCGUGA